UAAACCCACAAGGCAGAGAGGGCCCCUCUGCUUCCUGUGCCACGGCUUUCGUUACCUUUUGACAGACAGAAGCGACUUUGAAAGCAGCGCGGACUGUGUGGUUUAAUCUCGGGGUGAAAAGACAAAUCGAGAAGUUGAUUUUUUUUAUCUUUAUCGCAGAUCAAUCAUCGACAACAGCCUCAGCCUCUAACAUGGCAGCAAGGGGCACUGUGCGCGAGGCGUCUGGCUUCAAUGCCCUGCAAGACGCGGAAAAGCUUCGCAAGGCCAUGAAGGGCAUUGGCACGGACGAGCAGGCCGUUAUCGACGUGCUGGCCUGUCGCAGCAACGCUCAGCGCCAGCAGAUCGCCCUCAACUUCAAGUCGGCGUAUGGGAAGGACUUGACCGACGAACUCAAGUCCGAGCUGUCUGGAAAGUUCGAGACGGUCAUCCUGGGUCUGCUCAUGCCGCCCAUCAAGUACGACGUGACUCAGCUGAGAGAAGCCAUCCAGGGUGCCGGCACGAAUGAGCGAUGCAUCAUCGAGAUCAUGGCAUCGCGUGGAAACCGAGAGAUCCUAGAGAUCGUGAAGCUCUACAAAACCCAGUACCAUCGCUCUCUGGAGGAUGACCUCGUGUCGGAUACUUCGGGAUACUUUGAGCGAGUCCUCGUUUCAUUGUCAACAGGCAACCGUGACGAGGGGACGUCCAUUGACGACGCUCUUGUGAAGAAGGACGCGGAGACGCUCUUCCAGGCCGGCGAGAAGAAGACCGGGACGGACGAGACUGCGUUCGUGAUGAUCCUGUGCAGCCGCAGUGUGCCCCACCUUCACAAAGUGUUUGAGGAAUACCAGCGAAUUUCCGGCAAGGACAUUGAGCAGAGCAUUAAGAGCGAGAUGUCUGGUAGCGUGGAGGAUGCGCUGCUGGCUGUGGUGAAGUGCGUGAAAAACAAGCCUGCUUUCUUUGCCGAGAGCCUCUAUAAAUCUAUGAAGGGCGCCGGCACGGAUGACGCGACGCUAAUGCGCAUCAUGGUGUCGCGCUGCGAGGUGGACAUGCUGGACAUCCGAGCCGAGUUCAAGCGCCUCUACGGGAAGUCUCUCUACUCUUUCAUCAAGGGUGACUCAUCGGGUGACUACAGGAAGGUGCUGCUGCAGCUGUGCGGAGGGGAUGACUGAGCGUCACGACGCCAAACGACACGGGGAGUCAACUAGGGGACCAGGAUUCGCGAGUGCCUUGUAUUGUGCAACGUGUUGACAUUACCGUGAUGCUUACACGGUCACUGUUUAGCCAUUAAUUGCAUUUGAUUCGCAGUACUAAAAUAAUAGGGAUGUAACAAUUACACGUGUUGAUGAUUUUUUAUGUUUGAUUAACUGAUAGAUUACAUUUUUCUAGCACCUACAGUGAGUUUCAAUAUUCGACAUGUAUUGAGAGCUUUAGAGUGUUUUCAAUCAAAUUGUCAACAAUAUUUAGACUACAGAGCAUUGUUUAAGCAUACGAUAUUCUACCAUGUUCUACAUUUCUCAUUGUGCCAUGGCAAUGCUAUCUUGGUUUGGCCUGUGCACGGUUUCCCCCACUCAUUGAUGAUACUCGUCAUUGACUGGGACUGGACUGAAGCUUUUCAGCCUGUGAUGAAAUGGUGUCAAGUCUAUACAGUGUCAAUGCAACAUGUACAGAUUCAUCUCCUUCACCUGCGCAACAUGGGGCGUACCUUUUGACAUCUCAUUGUCGUGUUACUCGGUGCUUAUAUUGUACGUUGCAACAUUUCUUUCAACUGCUCUAUUAUACCCGCAAGAAAAAAACAGUAAAGUAAAAUGAUCGUUAUGCCUUGGUCUAUUAAAUGAUGUCAAGUGGA